UAUAUAUACAUCGAUAAAACAUUGCUCUGAAAACCUAAAGAUAAUAGAGAAACCGUCGGCAGUUGAAAAAAGAAAAACAUUUCACGAACGGAACAAACGAACGACAACCGAAGAGAAGACGGAAUUAAACGAAACGAUGGAUUUAAACUUUGCUUUGUCAACAACGCCGUCGGAGCUGUUCGACGACAAUGACGUGGUAUUUCCAAUCCUGAUGGGUCGAGAAAAUCUCAAGAUUCUUGCAUCACCCGGCAGUGAAUCCAGUGGCGUUAGUUCGCUGGACGCCGAUGAGGCAAAGAAAUUGGUAAGCGAGCAGCUACCGACAAGUAACAGUCCAACGAUGUCAUCAUCGGAGCCAAGUUCAGCAGUACAAACGGAAAGUGAAUCGAGCGAUGGCGGUAGCGAUGGUGAUGAUGAAAGGCCGACCGAACAAAUUCCGCAAAAUGUUGUUGACGUCCAAAUGGUUAUUGCCGAUGAGCUGCAACAGUCAAACAUCAGCAUCGUAUCCACCAUAACAAUGUCAACAUUGACAAUGGACGAUGAUGAUCAAAGCAAUGACAUUAAAAGUGAGAUUAGCAUGGAAAAAUGUGACGAAAAUGAACACAGUGAAGCUCAAAUCGACCAACUAGUCUCAGCCGAUGAUGCCAAAAUAACUGCAUCGGUUCACGAUGAGGAUGCAGCAGCAAUGGCAGCUGCAAUUGCUGCCGCAAACGAUUUGAAUGAAGAGAUACGUUACAGUAAUCUCAAAAUAAUGUACGAUGGACGUAAUAUUCUUGAUUUCAGUGCAAAUGUUGCCAACAAAUCAUGGAAUGUUCAAUAUGCACAUUUGCCCGAAAAAAAUAUUGAAAUGUACAUUAAUAAUCGAUCUCAAUACAAUCGUUUGGCAUCGGGCUACGAAGGUCCGGAGAAUUAUGCAUUGAGCAAAUGUAAUUUCUGUAAAUGUAAAUUCGAGUAUCCGGUUUUGAAUUUUGAUGUACCGACCAAAGUUGAGCGGCCACAACGUUUCAAUAAUCAUGUAUGCACUGUCAACGAUUUGUUAACAAGUACGGUAUCAUCGAUGGUGACCCGUGACUCACCAACCCAAACAUUGAAUGCACUCGCUCAAAAAUUGGCCGCCCAAUCACCGAUGAUUUUGAAUAAAAAUCCAAAUGCCCAAUUUAUGCAUCAUCUCAAGAAUGCUGUGCCAAAUGUUGGCACCAACGCCAACCAAUCCGUACCACCGUUUCCAUAUCAAAAUCGCAAUCAAUGCAAUCAAUUUGCAAAUGUCGGCGCAACCAGCAAUAAUCACACUUGCUACAAGCAUGCCAACAACAAUACAAAUGGCAAUGCAAACAACGCAUUUUACGGAAACAACAUUUCACUCAACGCAUUGGUCAAUCAAAUUGGUGGCAACACAAUGAACAAUUCAACAUUCAAUUCAAUGUUAUUGAGCAACAAUAGCACCACCGUUAAUACCAAUACAGCCGCCACAAAUCAAUUGAAUAACGCAGCGUUGGCCACUUUUAUCCAACAAAAUCGACAACAACUGUUCAACUACGGUGCAUGCCGUCAAAACAAUAUUAAUAAAUCAGGAAUUAACUUUAAUGCAAAUAGUCAUAAACCAAUGCCCACGUACUCACAUUUCUAAAUUAGAAAACAAGAAAAAAAAACAUAACAAAACCUCAAAAACAUUCACACAUCCCAAUUUAAAACACACACAAGAAAAAAAUGAAAAACAAGCAGUUAAGCCAAGCGAACUCAAGAACGUUAAAAAUUAAAAAGAGGAAAAAUGACAGCCACUCAUCUGAAAAACUACAAUAUAACCAAUUGACUCGGAGACUAUUUACAAAAAAAAUGAUAUAUAUAACGAUUUGGAUCAGCCGUUGCCGCCGCCACUGACAUCGCCGUACUCAAAAUCCAAUUGAGAAAUUGAGAGAGAAUGAGAGAGAGAGAGGAAAAAGACAAAGGCAUUUGUUGAAGUUCAUUUUCAUUGAUUUUCCGUUUAAUAUUGCGAAAGUGAAUCGAGUUUAUUUCGUUCAUGAAAUUUUUAAAUUUUAUUUGUUUAAAAGAAAACCUAUUUGUUGUUUGUAAUGUGCGUAUUUUUUUUCUGAAAAAAACAACAACACUAAUUUGGAUAAUGGUUGUUGUCACGCGACAGAAAUUUAAAUUAUGAAAGAGAAAAUUUCGGUGAUUUGUUUCUUUUUGUAAAUGAUUUGCAAUAUCGCAUCGCGCGCGAACUCACUUUUUUUUUCUCAUAUUCUCAGAGCUAGAGCUCAUUUCUCUCCACCACCGUUACUUUAAGUUGAUCUAACGCAUUUUAUUGUUGCCCCAAAAAAAAAAAAUUCGCACACCAAUUCAAAACGUUUAUAGUCGAUCAACCGAAAUUGAACGCAUUUUUUUGCUCAUAAAAGCGCUCGCAUAUAUAUUAUAUUAGUUUUUUUACAUUAAUAUCUUUAUUCAUGGAGAGAACUUUAAAGUAUUGUAGAUGUAAGAUGUGACCGCGGUUUCAAUUCUUUUUGUUUGCGGUAUACAUCUCAUUCAAUUUAUUAUUAUUAUUUUUCAUGUUUCAUUUUAUAUCAUGUGUUUUUUUCACGUACAAGGUCAUGAAAAUGCAUCCAGAAAAAGAGAAAAAAUAUGUAUCGAGGCUGUAAAAGACAUAAUAAGCCAUAAAAAUUAAUUAGCAAAUGAAGGCAUAAGAAAAAAAACGAACAACCAAAAAGAAGCUAAAGCUUAAUGCAAAUCAUGAAAGAAAGAAAAAAACUAGAAAUACACACCUCGUGACAAAGACAUUUAUAUCUAAAAGUGUCUAAAAAAAUUAAAUCUAAAAACAAAAACGCAGAGAAAAAGAAUGAAAAGAAUGGAAAACAAAGAUUAUCUCCAAUUUACUCCCAAUUUACUUUUGAUUAAUCGCUAUAUUUACAAAAAACAACAAUUUAACAACAAAAUUCUAUUAUUCAAAUGUAACGUAUUUAUAUAAGUUUAAUAUAUUUUUUAAAAAAAUGAACCAACAAUGCAACAAUAUAUUUGUAUAUAUAUAACACAUAAUCUUUGCCUGAUAAUAAUGAUCCUAUCCCGAAUAUCAUUGUAAAUCGUAUCUCGUAUAUUUGUAUAUUUCUCGAGCUCAUGUGAAUCCACUAUUUGCACUCUCUCACUGCACUUUGUGGCAAAUAAAACACACACACACACAUGCACUGAGACAAAAUGGAAACAAGAGAGUGAGCAGAAAAUAAUAAUGUCUAGUUUUAAAACAAAACAAAAUAUUAUGUAUAAAAUUAAGUGUUAAAACAGUAAUUAUUUGCAAUGUGUUGAAUGAAACCAAACUCAGAGAGAAUAUCGUUAUGAAAUGAAAAAAAGAAGCAAUGACAAAAAAAAACCACCAUGCCCCCUCCCCCUCGCGCACACAUACAUACACACUCACUCACUCAACAAAUAUCAAUUAAUAGUUGACAAUUAUGGUUUCACAUUUUCAUGGUUACUUACUUUUAAAAUAUCGUUGUAAAUAAUGACAAACAUGAACAUUAAUUGAUGAUGGCGGCAUGGACAAAAAAAUAAAACAAAAUAACAUGUAAAUUCUCUCUCACUCUCAAUCGCAACAAUGUUGCAACAAAUAUUUAUAAUUUAUAUAUGAAAUAGCAAAAUGAUUGAUAAGAAUACAAUUUUUUUUUGUUUUAAGCAAAUGGAAGAUACUGUUUUGCACGAUGAAUACAAACCAAAAUGUGAGAAAAAAUGACAAAUUUUCGUAUAGUCAUCGAAUCGAAAUCGCUAUCUUCUUUCUAAAGAAAGACCAAAUUGAUCAAGUGUUGCGUUGUCACAAAAUCACAAAACAGCACGACAUACGUAGAGGCCACAGCCAGCAUUACAUGCAUUAAUUAGCUAAAAAAAAACUCAGUUAGUUUUGUGUUGAUAGGAUAUAUAAAAUCGAAUCGUUUCAUCAUAAUUUUUUUUAUUACCAAAAUUUAAUUAUUAUUUAUAUUUGCAUUAAAAACAAAACAAAAAGAAUUUCGUUUAGUUUAAGAAAAUCAGCCUAGAAAAAUGCUACAUCAGACAGGGGUUGGACUGACACACCGAAUCACACACACACAUAUUCCAUAAGAGCACAUUUAUCAAAUUAAAUUAUGAGGAAAUGAUCCAAAAUUACAAAUUCCACAAUUACAUAUCUUUUGGCAUGAAAAAUGCGCUCAAUUUCAAUAGAGAAAUGUUUCUCUUAUUUUGAUGAUAAAACAAUCAAUUUUGAGAUUUUCCAGACUGUCCCGUCUGAUUGGUUUCAAUUCCGCAGCUCUAAUACAAACAACUAUUUAAAUUUUAAACAAAAAAUACAAAUUUUUCUCCCAAAUAUUCGUCCAAAAUACUGGGAAUGUGACCUUAACAAUUUAGAAAUUAUUAUUGAUCUGUUUAUUCGCUGUGUACGAUUAAAAAAAAGUAAAUGCUUAAAACAAGAAUUUUUACGAAUUUUACGAAAAAGUAUGAAAAAAUGAUGUUAUUUAUGUAUAAUUAAAUUAAACUCGACCAAAAACAACCAAACUAUUCCGAAAAUGAACCACAUUUUUUUAAUUAGAAAAUUGACAUGUCAAAACAGCAGUCAAAUUUGAAGGCAAUCAAUUCGAAAUGAGCGCUAUCAAAGAAAAGGUUUCCAUUUCAUUAAGUCUCACGUUCGUUGAUUGAACAUUUCGUUUUGCAGAAUAGUUUAUUUAGUUUUCCUUUAAAGGCGACUUAUUUUGUGUAUUUUAUUAGAAUUGAAUGGAUUCAAUCGAUUGAAAUAAAGUUGGAUGGAUUUUCUUCGAAAAAUCGUCAGAAAUGAUCGUACCAAAUUGUGAUUUUUAAAGUUUUUAGAAACUCAUUUUUUCAAAUUAAUCAUAAAGUAGAUGGAAAUAUUUGAUUUCCUUCUUCAAAACAGUUUCAAGUCUUCUGUUCAAAAGUCGUCAGUCCUUUUCCGCACACCCAGUGUAGAAAAGGUAUUUCUUUUCAAUUGCAUACAAAAAAAUAUUGAGUUUUUGAAAUGAGUCUUCACAUUUUUGAAAAUUCCUCUCAAAUGUUCCUCCUUUUGUUGUUGUGAUACAUUUAAAACGCAUUUUAAUUCAGAUUCUUAAGAAAACUCCGACUUUGUUGUUCUUGACUCAUACGCUCAUUUGUCAAAGUCCAAAAGUCGAAUGACAAUUCAAAACCGAACCACAAAAUCAAAAUACAUCUCUCGCCAGCAUAAAAUCAAAGUUCUUAUGUGCAACAAAUGCAAAACGAAUAUACCUUCAAUGGAACACUGAAGGACACAGGACACAUUUUUUUUAAACAUACAAACAAAAAAUAAAUAAAUAAAUGUUUGUGUAUUGUGAAAACUUAUAGUAUAUAAAUUGAAAACAAAAAGUAGCUAAUUCUAGAUAAAUGCUUAAAUUAAAACAUUUCAUUACAAAAAUGCAAACAAUAAUUUUAAUAUUAUUAAUAAAAAAAAUCACUAAAAUUUUCAUUGUUAGAUGUAUAGAAAAUGACAUUUGAUAUGUUAAAUAUCACAAAAAUGGUGUUGUGACCUCGUUUAAGGUUCUAAAUUGGUGCGCGCAGUUUGGACACAUCACUUGUUCAGACAGGCAGUUGUCUUCAUUUACCAAAACCAAAAAUGUUCUUACUUCGAUCGCAAAGGGCAUAAACACAAAUAUUUGAGACAACCGGAACGUCCAAUGUGGAUAUCAAAUUUUUUAGUAGUUUUGAUACCUGAACUAGUUAAAAUCUAAUGAUAAAUCGUGUAUUUAAAAAAUGAAGAUAUUUCGAACUGCUGGAUUUUAAUCAAAUUAAUUCCAAAAAAUAUCCAGAUUAACUAGCCAAAUUGUUAAACAAUAGAAAGGUGAAAGCUCAGUAGCUUUUGUACGUAAAAUGUUUUUUAUUAUUUCUAUUUAAUGGAAUUAAGAUAAAUGUGGAAAAAAAAUUCAUGAGAAAAUGCCAAAUAUUUGAAUAGUUUCUAACACUUCUAAAAUCGUAUCUAAUCACAAAAGCUAAAAGAAACCCCACACACACACAUAUUUCAUCCAAAUAAUGUGAAAAUGAUCUUUUUUUAUUAUAUCGAGGCAUUCAUAAGCAUUGAACAUGUUUCACUCAAAAUGUGGUCCAAUUAAAUUAUUUUGUUUGUUUUAAAAAGAUUAUUUAUAAGAACGAAGACAGAGUGCAAUUUCAGGAAUGCUCACUGAACGAAUUAUUUUGUGAAAUUUUAUUUUGCAUUUAUUCAAGAAGAAACAAUGUGUUUGAGUUGCUUCAAGAAAUUAUCUCCUUCGACAAAAAUUUGAAAAAAAAAAAUCAAGAAUUUCGAAUCGAAAAACCAUCGAAGAAAAGUGCAAGUGGGUUGGUCGCAACACAGACAGUGUGAAAUGAAAUAAUACGAAAUAGAUUUGUUCUGCAUUUGAAUGAUUAUUGUAAUAGUUUUUAGAUCCAAGUACCUCUUUUGUUCGACUACAAUUUAAACACACACUUUCUUUUGACUAGCCUUAAUGAAAUUGGAUUAUAUUUUUUUAGGGUUUAUAAAAUUUAAUCAUUUGACUCUUAACUACGUAGAGAGAAAACAUGAAGAUCAAUGUGAUUUAAAGAAACACUGGGCAACAAGCAAGCAAAGAAGAAAAAACCGAAAAUCAAAAAUCAGAAAUAACUAGCAUCAAUUAAAGCAUGACAGUUGGUAGCAUUAGAUAUUGUGUCAUAGCAUGUACCGAUCCAUUUCAAUUAGUGACACAUUUGUGACCUCUUUUUUGUUGUUGCACCGUUUCUGUAGAUGAAAAAAAAAACAAACAAUUUUCUUCACAGGAAGAAAAAAAGAAAUUCUCAGUUUUCCGAUUCUAUGUCAUUUACAAAAUAAAUACACAAAAUCAUUUCAUUUUCUCAACAAGGAAGAAGUAAGAAUUGAAUUCCUCACACCAAUUUCUGCUAUUUUACAUUAAAAAAAAAAAAACGAUAAUAAUAAUAGAUUUUAAGGGUUUGAAAUCGUAUUUUCAUUAUUUGAGUAUUAAUAAGACAGCAAAUUUUUUUGUUCAAACUUUUUGUCUAAUAUGAGAAAAAAAAUGUUGAGAACGAAACUGAACGAAUUAGAUUAAAGAAAAAAACAAUUUGAUACAAAGAAAUAAAAGAAGGCAAAUUCUAUGUUCUUUACCAAAUAAAUCAAUGUUUUUGACAAUGAUCCUCACAUACAUACACACACGUAUAUCGAUAUAAGUACACACACAUACAGUUACGAAUAAUUUAACGUUUAUUGAUUUAAUCUAUAUUUUUUUUGUUGAAAAGUCAAAUUUUUUGUUUGUUAAAGUAAAGAAGAAAAUCCUUAAUCUUGGUCAUGUGGUGGUGAUAUUUAAGAAAAAUGACUUCAAGAACAAACUGCAAUAAGAUAAACCCCCAUGACCAAUAAUAAACUAACGGUUAAAUAAUACAAAAACGGUAAUAAACAUUUUAAUUUUUACAGUGAUUUGCCUUGAAAUUCA